GGUUUUUUGCAUGCUUAGAUUCCCUUCGGUUUUUCACCGUCGUCUCGCUACUACCACUUCUAAACCCCUCCGACGUAUCGAGUCGCCUAAGCAACUUGCGAAAAGAAUGGCUGCCCUUCCCGAUACCUACAAGGACCCCGUCCGCAUCGCCGUCAUCGGCGGAACAGGCCUGAGUGAACUCCCCGGCUUCACCCAGGUUGCCUCUCUGAACGUCGACACCCCCUGGGGCAAGCCGUCCUCCCCGAUCACCAUCCUCCACCACCAAUGCCACCACAAUAACCAGACCGUCGCGGUGGCCUUCCUCAGCCGCCACGGCAUGCACCACCAGAUUGCGCCGCAUGAGGUCCCCGCGCGCGCUAACAUCGCCGCUCUGCGCUCCAUCGGCGUGCGCUCCAUCGUGGCCUUCUCCGCUGUCGGCAGUCUGCAGGAGGAGAUCAAGCCCCGUGAUUUCGUCGUCCCGACGCAGGUUAUUGACCGCACGAAGGGUAUUCGCCCGUUCACCUUCUUUGAGGGUGGUGUUGUGGCCCAUGUGCCGUUUGGAGAUCCUUUCGAUGAGGACAUGGCCAAGGUUGUGAGGGCUUGUGGGCACAGUCUUGAUGGUGAGGGUGUGCGUCUGCAUGAUAAUGGGACUCUUGUCUGUAUGGAGGGCCCUCAAUUCUCCACCCGCGCGGAGAGCAAGCUCUACCGCUCCUGGGGCGGCAGCGUCAUCAACAUGUCCUGCCUUCCCGAGUCCAAGCUGGCUCGUGAGGCCGAGAUCGCCUACCAGAUGAUCUGCAUGUCCACCGACUACGACUGCUGGCACGAGUCGACCGCCGACGUCACCGUGGAGAUGGUGAUGGGCAACAUGAAGUCCAACGCCGAGAACGCCCGGCGCUUCGUCACGGCCGUGCUGGACGAGCUGGCCGCGGACCACAACUCGGAUCUGGUCCAGGCCAAGCACUAUGCGGGCUCGGUCAAGUUCGGGCUCAGCACUGCCCAGGAGUACUGGAGCCCUGAGGCCCGGGAGAAGAUGAACUGGCUCUUCCCUGGUUACUUUGAAUGAUUUGGUUGAGGGUCUUGUUGGGAUUAGAUCAGCAAUUUCCACUGUAUAGAGUUACUUUUCCAUGGCGGGAUAGAGAUGCAUAGUUUAUGACGAGCUCACGAGAACAAAGACUCUACCUACAUGAAUUUCUG